AUGGCAGGAUCUACGCUCUUCGAUACGCCCGAGGCGCUGAGCCCUUUCCUACGCAGGACAGAUAGCGAUCCUCGACCUGUUGUUAUGAUGACCUGUGGAUUAGCUGGGUCUGGAAAGUCAUCACUUUCUAAAUGGAUAUUAUCCAAUCAUCCUUCUUUCAAACGGUUCUCAAUCGACUCCUACAUAUACACCAAAUACGGGCUCUAUGGUGAUGAUUAUCCGAAAGAUAAAUACAACGAAUAUCAAGACGAGGCCGAGAGCGCUCUCCGAAAUGAUUUGGUGCAGUUGCUUCGCCAAGGCUCUCAGGAUGCAAUCCUGGAUUUCUCUUUCGCAUUUCAGGAGACUAGAGAUGAGUGGAAGAGCCUGAUCGAAGGAUCUGGGGGGCGAUGGGUGCUUGCGUAUCUUGACGUCGAUGCUGAUGAGUUGCGGCGGCGGGUCAGGGCAAGGAACCAGUUGGCCGUCAAGGAUGGCGACUCAGCGUUUUUUGUGACAAGUGAGAUCGUGGAUAGUUAUAUUGCUGGCUUUGAGAGGCCUACCGGGGAGGGUGAAGUUGUGUUACAGUUUGACACAGUAUGA